UUCGAGACGAUCGAGCAUCCUUGACGCGAUCAAAGCACGCUAUGAGUGCCGGCGUCGAGUCGAUCUUGUGCGUGAUCCUCGGAGUUUCGGGGAUUCUCAUGCUGCAUCCGGCAAGCAGUAUUCCAUAUCGUGGUAAUUACACGGUAAAACAUCCGCAAUAUGAUCACUUAGAGCAAAGGAUAUUCAAAAAGGAAAAAAUACUGGAUGAAGAAAGUGGGUUGAAAGAAAUCUUAUUCGCUGAAGCAAAUGAUAAUCAUCUUCAGAACACACCCAAAGAAUUUUCCUGGGACGAUGAUGAUUACAGAGGUUUUUCUCUAUUUGGCCUCGUUGAAUCCAUGCUGUCCGUCGUAGCAAGCGGACUUAGCACAGUCGUGAGCAGUAUUGUUGGUACCGAGAAAAAGGAUUCACGGUCAGGUACCAGAAGAAUAAAUUAUAAAAAUUAUCAUUUAAUCAGAGCAUUUCCUAACACGGAAAAUCAAGCUACAGAUCUGCGUGACUUAAGAGACGCCGAGCCUGAAGAUAUUAAAUUUUGGUCUUUUCCAAAUCCUAAUAGAACUUCUGACAUGAUUGUGGCACCAGAUCUUGUAAAUGACGUUAAGGAUUAUUUAAGGGAUAAGAAAAUUGACUUUAAAGUAUUAAUAUCAGAUAUCCAGAAGACGAUCUCUUAUCAAAAUCCAAAGAUGUCUAAAGAACAACGUGAAGACUUGGUUACCGCUCAAGGCCACACAAUGACUUGGAAACGUUAUCAUCGAUAUGGAGAUAUCGUACGUUAUUUAGAACAUCUAGCCUUCAGAUAUCCCACAAUAGUAGAAUUAAUAACUAUCGGUCAUAGUUACGAGGGCCAACCAAUAAAGAUGGCAAAGAUUUCGACUGGAUUAAACAAAGAAGGCGAAAGAAAACCUGCUAUUUGGAUUGAUGCCGGCAUGCAUGGACGAGAAUGGAUUGGUAGCGCAGUAGCGACCUACAUAUUGAGUCAGUUGGUAGAGAAGAACUCGAGCUACACGAAAUUGUUGAAUAACUCGGAUUGGAUGAUUCUGCCGGUUGUUAAUCCCGAUGGUUAUGAAUAUAGCCAUGUCAGCGAUCGCUUUUGGCGGAAAACUAGAAGUAAUCAUGUGGAAAGUCAAAACGAUAGUAGAUACACACCAUCAAAUUUAUUACAAUUCGUAACGCACUAUACUAGAUGGUUCUGGACUACAUGCGAAGGAGUCGAUCCGAAUCGAAAUUUUGCAUACCACUGGGGCGAAGACAAAGAAGGAAGUGCCAGUUCAGAUCCUUGUCACGAAACAUAUUCUGGGCCUUUCGCCUUUUCCGAACCUGAAACGAAAGCUAUGGCAGAUUAUAUUUUGGCAAACAAACAACAUAUUCGAAUGUACUUAACUUUGCAUUCUUAUUCUCAAAUGUGGCUCGUACCAUGGGGUUACACGCGUUCGAAACCGUCGGAUUAUUCCGAUUUAAUGAACGUAGCGAGAAAGGCAAUUAACGCUAUUUCGAAAGUUCAUGGUACUAAUUAUCAACUUGGACCAGCAACAGAACUAAUGUAUCUGACUUCUGGAGCGUCCGACGAUUGGGCUAAAGGCGUUGCCUCGAUAAAAUAUGCAUACACGGUGGAAUUACGCGAUCGCGGAACAUAUGGAUUCCUAUUACCGGCUACUCAAAUAGUUCCAACUGCACGCGAAAUUUGGGCAGGAAUUCGGGCGAUCGCUCGUUUAGUUACUUGCAACACGUGAAAUCUAUAUUUUUUACGCUUCUAAUGCGUACUUAGUGUUUGAAUGUUCACUUUUUAAUCCAGAUAACGGAAACUAAAUCAAUAACCUUUAUAAAUUACAAGUUGUUUGGAUUUUUAUCCAUUUCUCAU